AUGCGUUCGUUCUUCACACUGCCCGUCCUAGCCGCGGUCGUUGCUGCCGUUCCGAGACCACAAGAUAUCGAUCUCGAUCAGGUCGAACAAGCUCCGGACCCAGUCAUCAUCACUCCUGCUGUCGAUGUUGCUACUCAGGUGGUAACGGUAGCAGCUGUCACUGAACAGGCUGCUGCAGCAUCCGCCGCAGUAUCUGCAGAACUCGCUGUUAACAGUGAUUCGUCCCUCGAUGCGCGAGAUCUUAUUGGCAGAGACUCGGCCUGCGCAAAACAAAAACCUGGAUCUGGUCCAGUUGCUAGCCCUGAUACGCCAGAGGCCUUUCUCGCACUUAGUCAGUUGUCCAGCAUGAGUACAACCGCCGCUACACCUUACGGCUACUCCCAAGUGUUCGCCAACCAGAAUGCUUCUCUCAGUGCUAGCGUAUACAUGGGCCUGUAUACUCUGAACAGCUAUGAUGUCCCUGGAUGCCAGUCAAUUUGUGAUCAGAAUUCUGGAUGUGUUGCCUUCAACAUUUACGCAGAGCGGGACCCGACUGUGAACCCAGACCCAUCGCAGUGUCCUAAUCCAGCCAGUACUACCAACUACAAGGCACGUGGUCUUUCAAAGCUCGAAGAAUUAUCUCAGGAACAAGCAAACAAUUUCGGUCAAUGGCGCGCUUCUUUCCAAGUUGUCAUUACUGCAUCGAAUGCAUACAACAAGAAUGCACCUCCUCCUUCUGUCGCUGGCUUCACUGAUCCUGUCGGCUUGGGAGGUGCCAUAAAUGCUCCCUUGGACUCCAAUGGCAAGAAUACUUUCAUGGGCAGCAAAUUUUUCCCCUUUUCACAGCAGCAGGGCUUCACCCUCGAGUCUUGUACCAGCGCCUGUACGGCACAGACCGCCUACAACAAGGCUCAUCCCAACAAGGAUGGUAGCUUCAUGACUUGUGCUUUCGUGAACGGAUAUGUCCUGUCGAGAAAUGGUGUUCCUCAGGGCCUCUACUGCUCCAUGUACAACCAGACAUGGGCUGCUUCCUACGCCACCAACUAUGGCCAAUACCGUGGUUCAGUCAGAUACACUGUCAGCAACAGCUACGCAUACUCCGUCGUCACUCGUCCCGAGAUCCCUGCUGGCGUCGUCUGCCCUCAAGGUUAUUCGACAGACACCAAGUCCUGCGGCGAGUACUCUCUGGUACCUGCUUCGCUGGCCGCCAUUCCUUCCAUCUUUACCGUCGCGAACGCUUCUUACGAGACCUGCGCAUUGGAUUGCUUGGCCAACCCUGCCUGUAUCUCGUGGUCAACGACUGACAACAGAGUGCAGCCGAGCGAUGAGGGAAACUGCCAGUUCUACACUCAGCGUGUGGCCGAUAUCAUCGACGAGUACGAGUACAAGGAUUGGGACUACAGAUAUGACAAUACGUAUGCUACGCUGUUUGAUUAUGAUUGCUUUGACGCUCAAGGCACCGCAUGUACACCGGGCCAAUCGAGGUAA